GCGCGUUUUGGUCCCGAAUCUGAUGGUACAGUACAAGAACAUACUGGUAUUCAGUCAGCAUCCAUCCAGCUAGCAGUCGUCGUCGUUGGACUUCGUCCUCGCGUUGCCAUACGCUUUAACAGGUUGCCCAGAGGCGAUUCGCGUGAUUCAGUCCUUAUAGCGGUUCCUCAGCGGUCCUUCGAUUUCUUCGGCGUGGGUUGACCGGCUUUCGCUCUUCCUCGCUCUCUCGCGUCGUCAGUUUCGCUUUAUCGUCUCGUGUGUUUUGUAGACUAAGUGUCGUCACCCGUCGCGCCUCGUUUCCCACACGUCCACAAACCAAUUCUUCAGACGUUUGUUUUGAUCGCUCGUUUCGGUGCUCGGGGCCGCAUGCUUUCCGAGUGACAUUGCAGUGCUAAAGACAACUUAUAGUAGUGGAGAAAAAGUGCACCAUGGCAUCGUGAAGAAGACACCUCCAAUCAAUGAGUAAUGUGAAACAUGUGUUAAUGGUGUGAAUUUUAGAAUGUGAUAAUAGGAUGAUUGAAAGUCACCAUUUGGCUGCUGAAGAGGCCGAACGGAAGAUCAACAACGAAAUACGUGAAACCGGUGAUAAAUUGGUAGUGCGUGUAUUUUGCCCGUGAAGUGGGGAUCGUGUUACAUUGGUAUUCUCCCACUAUAAUGGGAUAGAAAGAGGCCGCCCACGCGCGGAAAGUGUAUUAAUUAAAAUUUCGUGUUCGGUUGGGAACAACGCUUGACCAGCGUUAAUGCAUGCCACAAUAGUAAUUAAUUAAAAUUUCAUGAGGAAAACAGAUUUUUGAAACCGCAGUGGUGGAUAGAGGUAAUUUGUGGGACAAUGAAGUGGUUCAUGAUGGUCUGUGUUGUUUGGUGGGCCACCUUCCUGUUGGUGGCACUCGCUGUGGCCUCGCCGGAAGGAUAUUUGGAAAUGUUUCCAGUUCAGUCGCAGUUCGAUCCAUGCUACGAUGAGGAUAGACCGAGACGAUGUGUUCCGGACUUUGUGAAUGCUGCAUUUGGUAUGCCAAUAGUUGCUUCUUCUACGUGUGGAUUGCGAGGCCUUGAGGAAGUUUGCGAUAGCCAAGAGCUCCGUGGUCCGUGCCAUGAAUGCGAUGACUCCAUUCCUCGAAAGCGAUAUCCAGCUUCCGCAUUGACGGACGUGAACAAUUCUAAUAACGUUACCUGUUGGCGCUCAGAAGCAAUACCAACUCCCACGGGUUUGAAUGAACCUCCUGAUAAUGUAACACUAACUCUAACACUCGGCAAAAAAUAUGAACUGACCUAUGUAAGCCUAACGUUCUGUCCUGGAGCUGUUAAACCAGACUCUAUUGCAAUCUACAAAAGCGCAGACUUCGGUAAAACCUGGCAACCGUUCCAGUUCUACAGCUCUCAGUGCCGAAAAGUAUAUGGUAGACCAAAUCGUGCCACCAUUACCAAAGCUAACGAACAGGAAGCACGCUGUACCGAUGCACACCGGCAUAUGGGUGAAUCAACUGGAAUUCAAGGUUCUAGAAUUGCCUUCAGUACUUUGGAGGGACGUCCUUCUGCAUCGGAUUUUGACUCCUCACCGGUCCUUCAAGACUGGGUCACAGCAACCGACAUCCGUGUGGUUUUUCAUCGUUUGCAAAUGCCCCAGGAGUCUUUGGAAGAUCUUCUUUUAAUUGGAUCACCACAAGUUCCACCAUCUUUCCGACAGAAGAAGUCAUCCUUUGGGUUCAACGGAAUCGAUAACUACGAAGUGACCGAUCAAUCAAUCACUGCACCAACUGUUCCGACUUUGACACAUCACUAUGCUGUAUCGGACUUUGCCGUUGGUGGCAGAUGCAAGUGCAACGGUCACGCUUCCAGGUGCGUUCUCGGACGUGAUGAUGAUUUGACGUGUGAGUGUAAGCACAAUACCGCCGGAAGGGAUUGUGAACGCUGCAAGCCGUUUCAUUUUGAUCGACCAUGGGGACGAGCCAAUGCCCGGGAAUCUAAUGAAUGUAAAGUGUGCAACUGCAACGGUCACGCACGGCGCUGCCGCUUCAACAUGGAGCUGUUCAAGAUGUCCGGCCGGAUCUCCGGUGGCGUUUGUCUCAACUGUCGACACGCGACCACCGGUCGACACUGCCACUACUGCCGAGAAGGAUACUACCGGGAUGCUACCAAACCGAUCACCCAUCGGAAGGUUUGUAAACCUUGUGAUUGCCACCCCAUCGGAUCAUCGGGAAAGACAUGCAACCACACCACAGGACAAUGUCCGUGCAAGGAUGGAGUGACAGGACUAACCUGUAAUAGAUGUGCCCGGGGCUACCAGCAGAGCCGAUCACACAUUGCACCUUGCAUAAAAAUUCCACGCGUCAUCAGUAUAGUGCAUCCGCAAAAUACGGCGCCUGAUCCGCAGCGUCACGAUCCAGAUUCUCCUUCCUACCGCACGGACGCCGGAAGGGAGUGCGGAAAGUGCAAAAUCGGCACCAAGCGGCUAAAUCUAAACAAGUUCUGCAAAAGAGAUUACGUAAUAAUGGCCAAAGUAACAGCAAAGGACACGAAAAGCGACAACGGAAACCUGAAAAGCAACACAAACCACAACCCGAACAGCAACGACGUGGUCAAGUUCACACUAAGCGUCCAAAAGGUGUUCAAAAGAAGCCCCAGUCCAAGCAGCCCUCUGGCGUUGUCGCUGAGAAGGUCAACCCACGUAACGCUCGUCGUGGACGUGAAAAAUCUCGAAUGCCGCUGCCCAAGAAUCAAAGUGAAUAAAUCCUAUCUGAUCCUCGGUCGGGACACGGAGGGACCACCGGGAGCGCUCGGCAUCGGGCCGCGAUCUAUCGUCAUCGAAUGGCGUGACGAAUGGCAUCGGCGGUUAAGGAAAUUUCAACGACAAGCGGCACGUACGUGUCACUGAUCAGUCUCGCCCAGGCUCUCUCGCAUAGUACCAAACAACGAACCACGACGGCGAGAUUUUUAACAAUAGUCGAUUAAGAUAUAUAUUUAUUGGUUAACGUAAUAAAAUAUCGCUAAAUUAUGUAAGAUCUGCUCGAUCCUUCCGAUUGAAAAUUAUAUUUCAAAGAGCCGCUACCGUACCGUUUGGUUGCUGCAGUCUAACGCACAAAUGCUAAUGAUUCCCGAUUUGUUCGUACAGAUUUUAUGUGAAAAAUUAAUGCAUCAAUUCAGUUUUCCCACGUGUAUUUAUGCACAACAACACACUCCUUGCACCGAUGCAGCAUUCUGACGGAAGAUCUAUAGCGACCAUGACGUUGUAAAUCUUGAAAUACAUUUGCUUGUAUUUAUAGCAUUGCCAUUGCCAAUCGUUACUUUUACCACUAGGACGUAAGUUAGUACCCUAUUAUUGAAUAUUUAUGUAAUUUGUUGAUCGUUGAAGUUUCCUUAGAUCGUAGAUGCCGUGUUCUAGAGCUCUCCUAUUCCUUGAUAGUCGUCAAGUGUCGCCAUAUCAAUACAAAAUCAGUAUUUUUUACCAGUUAAGCAGUUUGUGUGAUCAUUAAAAUACUUAAAAAUUCAACUAAAACUCACUCAUUUAUAGCUGUAAGAUAUCCGGUAAGAAGAAUGUGGAGAAAAUAAAUGAACAAUUUUGACGAGAA